GCGAACUCAUCACUCACGUUUGUAUUGGUCGCUCGUGCGAGGAAGCGCUUCUGUGCUCCUAUGGAGCUGCCAUCGCCCACCACCUCAUCCUCUCUGCCCGCAGAUCGAGCCCACCGUAGGCGCAUAUAGACCACAAUAUUUCCAGCUCAACAAGCUUCGUACCGUGCAUGUAAGCCACAGCUUCCAUGCUCUCGCGCACGUGAAAUGUCUUCAAGACCGCCGAUUCACGGAGCUGCGACCACAGCCAGCUUGGUCUCUGCCACGUUGGGCGGCGAACCUAGCAGCAGCGGCAAGGCGCAGCAUGAUGUCGUUGCCUCAACCUCGACAGUGUCAGCGGCCAAUCCACCCAAAGGCAAGCGGAUCGUCAUCAAGCUCGGAACAUCCUCCAUCCUCUCGUCCCUCACCAGUCAGCCCAAGCUUUCCGUCCUCUCCUCCAUCGUGGAAACAUGCGCGGCGUUACGCAAAGACGGACAUUCGGUCGUCAUCGUCUGUUCGGGAGCCAUCGGAAUGGGAAGAUUGAGAAUGGGGUUGAACGAGAAGCCAAAGAGCGUAGGGGAGAGGCAGGCGCUGGCCGCGCUGGGUCAGGUUAGGCUCAUUGCGCUUUGGGACAGCCUGUUUGCGCAAGUCGGCAUCAGCGUUGCACAGGUUCUGCUCACCAGGAACGAUCUCGGCGAUCGCCCUCGCUUCGAGAAUGCCAAGACGACGCUUUCUACGCUGCUCUCUUUGCCCUUCUCCUCCAUCCCCAUCAUCAAUGAAAACGAUACCGUCUCAGUGUCGGAACUCAGGUUUGGCGACAACGACACUCUCAGUGCUAUCGCCGCUGGCAUCGUGGAUGCCGACUACCUCUUUCUCUGCACAGACGUGGACGGGCUGUACACUGGCAAUCCGAACUCCAACCCCAAUGCGAGGAGGCUGGGAGUCGUGCGGAACGUGGCUUUGGCACGAAAGGCCGUGAGCGUCGACACACCAGGCUCAAAUUUUGGCACUGGCGGAAUGCAGACGAAGCUGAUUGCUGCCGAGCUCGCAACAGCGGCAGGCGUAGCCACAGUGAUUCUCAAUGGCAACCAGCCAACAAACAUCUUGUCCGUCGUUGCUCGUGGUCUACCCCCUCUUGAUGCAGAUCAGCGUUUGCCAAACAGUGACCAGGGCAUGGUCUCGUCCAUCUCUUCGUUGCUGGAUGCGGAGGAGCUCUCCAAGGUCGGCUGCCCGCCUAUCCUCGACCCACCGCACACACUCUUUCUGCCCACCUCUGAGCCUUUGGCGCAGCGCAAGUGGUCGUUGUUGCACGCGCUGCAUCCAGCGGGCACACUCGUCAUCGAUGAAGGAGCUUUUGCGAGGAUAUCCAAGCCCGAGAGCGGAGGCAGAUUGCUGCCAGCUGGAGUGGUAGGCGUGGAAGGCACUUGGGAACGCAUGCAAGCUGUAAGGAUUGUCUUGCGUCGACAUCGCGUCGCUUCGAGCGCAGAAGCUACGGGUACCAACGUCGAGCGUGAUGCGCAUCAUCAUUCGCAAGCGAUUCAGGAAUCCAUGUCCGCUGCGGCGUUGGCUCGACGGGGCUUGACGACCUUCAUCAAGAGCUCCGAUGGUAGCGGUGCUACUACUCCGAUUCAUCUCGCAGGCGAGGAUCAACACGCUCACCUGGCUGAGCCUGCCCUCGCUAGAGACGCGCCCUCCGAACUGGACUGGGAACUGAUCGAAGUCGGCAGAGGCCUGGCGAAUUACAACUCGAUCGAGUCGGAAAGGAUAAAGGGUAUCAAGAGCUCGCAAAUAUCAACCGUGCUCGGCUACGCAGACAGCAGUUACAUCGUCGAUCAGCUCGCGCUGAUGCAUAACGAAGAAGCUCCGUCUGCACAUAAGUCGGCUACAAAAGGUCACGGUUGAAAUGGGAAAUGAUAUUGCAAAAGUGAGAGAGAAGCCUGGGAGGUAUGG